GCGGGCCUUUUGAAACAGAGGGAAGGGAUGGAAACGAGGGGGAGCGCGAUGGCGGCUCCUCUCGACGGCUUCGUUGAAGAGACAUCAGAAGAAGCCCGACGGCUCGACGGCGAGGAGGGGCAGGAGAAGCUGGACAUAGUGUCGCUUUUAAGAAUAAGAGAACAAAUAAACCAACAACUUUUGGAAUAUAAUGCAACAAUUAAUGCAACUGAAGAAAUCAUUACGGAUCAAGUUAUUGAUGAAAAGGCCCUUGUGUGCACAAUAGAAGACUUGGAAAGGGAAUUGGAAGAAGUGAAGCUAUCACACAAACACAAAACUUUGGCAUUACAAAGGUUGCAAGUAAAUGAUGCACUUAGAUCCAAGCUGAGGGACAAUGAUGACAACUUAAAGUUGAUCGAGCAGACUAUAAAACACAUUGUGAUGCUUAGUACUGCAGUAAUUAAAUCAAAGCAGCAGUCACGUGAACUGGAAGAAAAAUUGAAUGAAGUUAAGCAGAGAAGACAAUCACUAAAUCAAGCUAUGAAUUGCAAACUGGCAGAUAUACAUAAUAGGAAAAUGAAACAAAAAGAGCAACUCGACAAUAUGGAAGUGAGUGAAAUGUUGAAGAAAGCCCGUAGAAAUCUGCAAAAGGAAAUUGAGAAGACGACAUUGAUUCAAAACAUCUUCCAGAAUCUCAUUAUUGGAAAUGGGGUCAAUUGGGCAGAAGAUCCAGCUUUGAAGGAAAUUGUUCUGCAACUGGAGAAAAAUGUUUCUACAAUGUGAAGAAGAAGCAGAGCAGUACAAUUUCUAUAGUUUGCUAAUUCAGAGGAGAAGCAGUAGUGUGACUAGCUAUUGUGACAAAGAGGUUUGUUUUCAUAAUCAUAACUGUAAUGGCGCUUAAUUAUAUUGAUGCACAGAUGGACUUGAGGACUUCCUGCUGUAAAAUAUGGUGACUAACUUAAUGGCUAGAUUUUUUUUGCUAUACCUUGGAAGAAUCAUUCCAGUUUUAUGGAAGGAGCUAUUAACAAAGAGUAUUGUAACUACAACAUUCUUACCAUCGCCUCCUCAAUUUCCAGAAAAAUUAUUGGCUGUUGCCUUGGAAUGAAGACAGAGCAAUAGGUUUGCCUUUUAAAUAUUGUUUCCUGCUGGGAAGGCAGGAAUGCCUUUCCUUACAUUUUGACUGACUUUACCACCUAUAAGUAGCACAUCAUUUUUAUGUGCCACUGGAAAGCAGCUUAGCAUUUUGAGGGAUCAUUUUUGUGAUCAUUUUUGUUAUAUUCAAUGGAUUUCCAAAGCCAUUUCACUACAGUGGCGUGUUAUGCAUGUUUAGUUAACUGUUGUGCAUUUAAAUAGUUGGCUGCUGCUAUUAUUGCAGUGCCAUCAGUAUUCAUGUAACAUUGUGCAUUUAAGUGUUUCAUUAAAAAAGUUAGAUGCCUGAC